ACGAUGGGAACAACAAGCCAGGGAUAUGGUGAUCAUCGAAACUUACGCUUUUCCUAUACUCAAAACACAAAAAUAAAAGGUUGAAACAAGCGUUGAAGAAGGGAAGUUUACCAAAGAUAUAGGAUAUAGUAAUACUAAAGGGAUUUAAUCAACUCAGGUGCCGAUAGAAAGAAAAGAAAAUGACCUCACGUGCCCCAUAUUCAACAAUUCCUUUGUCGGUCAAUCAGGAGUCUUACGCAUCGCGCGCAAACUAUGGGCUUCGACAAAGAACAAUUUCAGAACGUGCCUCUCAAAUUGUAGAACAAGCAGAGAUAUUUUUGGCGCCCUUAGGUCCCUAUAUGCCUGCUUUGGGUCGAUUCCUUAUUGUUGCUACUUAUUUUGAAGAUGCAAUCCGAAUUGUUACACAGUGGCCCGAUCAGGUCUCUUAUAUGCGUGAUUACCGCCGCUUCCGUUUCGGUACUGCCCCUUUUUUGCUUUUGCUAUGCGUAGUCCUCAUGUUUGUUGGUUCUACAAUGGUGGUAUUUAGAAAACGUCAAGUUUAUGCUAUUGGUUCUUUAUUGUUUGUUACCCUUUUACAAGCUUUCGCAUAUGGAUUACUUACCAGCGGUGAGAUGUUCUUCCGAAACGUCAGCGUUAUCGGUGGUCUUUGUCUCGUAGCUAGCGAUACCUUUAUCCAUCGCCGUCUCAAUCGUUUCGCCGGAUUACCAGCCGUUUCAGAGCAUAACAAGCGUACUUAUUUCCAACUUGGUGGUCGUGUUUUGCUUAUUUUCAUGUUUAUUGGCCUUUUAGCCAAGGAAGGAAGUGGCAUCACCUACACCCGUAUCUUUGUUCAUUUGCUCUCUGUAACAGCUUGUACAAUGGUUGUCAUCGGUUUCAAGGCUAAAUACUUUGCAGCUAUCUUGGUUCUAAUCCUUUCAGUAUCCAACUUUAUUAUAAAUAGUUUUUGGUCCAUUCCUAGAAACAGCCCUCAUCGUGAUUUUUACCGUUAUGAUUUUUUUCAAACGCUUUCUAUUAUUGGAGGUUUGUUGUAUCUUGUAAAUACUGGUCCUGGUAAGUUCUCUGUUGAUGAAAAGAAAAAGAUAUAUUAGAACCGUUCUUCUUCUAUCCCCUGCGCAUGACUUCCUUCCUAUCACCAAAAAAACCAGUAUUGUGUUUAAUGCUCCCUCUUCAUAAUCCUUGCCCAAUUGAUGGUCUCGUACUUCCUCGGCAUGCUUGUCAACCGUAAAAUAAAAAAAUUACACGAACGAUACCGCAUGACCUUAUGCCGCUUUUCAGUAUUUCUUUUGUUGGUAUUUACCUUUUUUUGUUUGACUUAUAACGCCAUCUAUACGUAUAUCGUAUUCUUAUCUACAGCAUUGAGAUUUCAUGUUGGUUGCUAUGUGCUUUUAUGAUUCUUUGGCAUCCACCUAUUUUUAUAUGGUCUAGCUUUUGCUUAUGAUUAUAAUCUCUCUUAUCCGACAUACAUUAAUUCAACAUAUAUAUCUAAAUUUCCUCUAUUGACCAUAAACCGCUUCCCUUUGAGGAUACUUUUUAUAAUUACCGUAUCCCAUUGUAGCCAAAUCUAUUAAUAAUAAUGUAAGACUGCAUUCACUGACAUGUGUGAACCGUAUUCCGCCUACUUGAUAGGUGAUUACAUUUCAUGACUCGCCAAUUCAAUUUCCUCAUUCAAAGUGCUCAUGUUAUCGGAUAAUCCACGCAACACAGGUUCGGAUUUCAAAUGGCCUCGCAAAUGUACAUAAACAUGAGGACUGGCCUUUAAUGGAUUCUCGUUUACUGAAUAAUACAAACAACAUUGUACAGGACAAGUCCAAAUGCCUGAGUGCUUAUCAGAUUCCAACCGGACAGGAUAGACUUUUUGCAACUCACAAAACAUAAUUUGCCGUUGUUUCUCAGCUUCAACAUCCGAAUAUUGAAGCAUAGUCAAAUUUGUUGAAUUCGAUGAGGCCGCUCGUGGGUUGAAGGGUAUAGAAGUGGAAGGAGCAGGAACCGUUGUCGUUACUGGGAGACCCUUCACGAUAUUUGAAAAGGUAUUCUUCUUGUUAAGAUACACCUCGUCCCAAAGAUUAGGAAAAUUACAGCGAACAUCCGGAUAUAAUUUUUUCCACAACUCAUAUAAGUAACUAUAAAUUGAGAAUACCGGCCAG